GUUGAGUCGUCGGGUUGAGGAGGAGUGCGGUUGGAGUGCGAGAGGGUCGCGGCCGCGAUGAUCUGACAGAUGAAAUAGCAAAAAAAAGAAAGAGAAGGCGGGCGUCCUCCAAACAAAACAAUGUUUCCCAAAGGCAAAGGGACCCCGGUGCCGUCGGACAGCCAAGCACGAGAAAAGUUGGCUCUUUACGUGUAUGAGUAUUUGUUACACAUAGGGGCACAGAAGUCUGCACAGACCUUUUUAUCAGAGAUCCGAUGGGAGAAAAACAUAACACUCGGUGAACCCCCUGGAUUCCUGCAUUCAUGGUGGUGUGUUUUCUGGGACUUGUAUUGUGCUGCACCAGAGAGGCGAGAGACAUGUGACCACUCCAGCGAAGCAAAAGCUUUCCAUGAUUAUAGUGCAGCAGCAGCUCCCAGCCCCGUGAUGGGAGGGAUGCCCCCUGGUGAUGGCAUGCCAGGGGGCCCAAUGCCACCUGCCUUUUUCCAGGGUCCUCCUGGUCCCCAGGGCUCUCCUCACCCUCAGCCUCCUCCCCCUAACAGUAUGAUGGGACCUCACAGUCAGUCUUUCAUGUCGCCUCGCUUCGCUGGAGGCCCAAGAGGUCCACCCAUCCGGAUGGCCAGCCAGGUAGGGAUCCUGCACACCCACCCACUAGCAGUGUUGCCAACUCCUCAGUAAGGAAAAUUGCUAUUGGCUGUCCUAAAAGUUGCUAGAAGUCGCUAAAUGAUAUUCGAAGCUGAUUUUUGUUUGUUUUCUCAGAACUUUGGUGGUGGGAUGAGGCCUCCACACAACACCAUGGGCCCUGGCAUGCCAGGAGUGAACAUGGGCCCAGGAACGGGUCGGCCAUGGCCCAAUCCCAACAAUGCCAACUCUAUGCCUUACUCAUCACCCUCUCCUGGUGCAUACGGGGGGGCAUCUGGAGGUGGAGGGCCUCCUGGCACUCCCAUCAUGCCCAGCCCCGCAGACUCAAACAACUCUGGUGACAAUUUAUACACCAUGAUCAACACUGGACCUGGCAACCGAAAUAAUUUCCCUAUGGGCCCAGGCUCUGAUGGACCCCUGGGAGCCAUGGCUGGGAUGGAACCACACCACAUGAAUGGAUCACUAGGUUCUGGUGAUAUGGAUGGAAUGAACAAGUACUCUCCAACCAUGACGAUGAGCGUGUGA